AUGAACGAGCGAGCUGCCUCAGACGAUGACGACGUCCUCCUCCUUGACGGUGGUGGCUCCGCUGCCUGUUGGCUCUGCAGCGGCGGUCGUCGGAGCACACUCCGGGAAAGCAAUCGCCGUUGCUGCUGCUGCUUCGGCGAUGGACUCGGUCCAAGCCUCGACGCUCGAGCCUCGUCGUGCCAUCGUCCUACCAACCGGUGUGAUGACGGCCCUCCUCGUCGGUGUUGUUCCACCACCGUCGACUCGGAUACUACUAUUACUACUACCAGUGGAGAGCGCACGGCGGCGGCGGCGGAAUCAAGCGAGGACGGCGCCGGUGGCGAGCACGAGCAGCUCGGUGGCGGCGGUGGAUCGUGUCUGUCGCGGGCGGCGAUCGAAGCGUGGGAGGCCGCGGAGACUUGGGCCUCCGCUGUAGCGGCGGCGACGGGCGCGGUGGCGGGAGGAGGGAAUGGAGCCAGCGUGCAGACGCCGGAGGGGACCUUCGCUGGCAGUACGGAUAAGGAGACGGCGCGGCGGGGAGGGAGGAAGUCGACACCAAUGAAGCCCGAGCGCCGUUGCAGCUGCCGGACUGUUGAUGAGGGGAGGCCGGAGCGGCGCCAAAGCAAUGCCCGUCGCCGCUGCUGCUCUCUUGCGGGAAGCGCCGCCGGGGUUUGCCAGGGCGCGGUCCACCGGUGGGAUAGCGUGCUGCUGCCGUGCGGCAGCUCUUCGACGGCGGCACCGAGGGGGUUUUGCCCGUGCGCCGUCCACCGCCGGGAUAGCGUGCUGCGCGGCGGUGGCGGGUGUGGCGGGGGGCGGCAAACGAAUGCCGCCCAUUCCUUCGGAGGAGGAGGAGGAGACGUUUACCCGGCUCAUGCUUCCCCGCCUCAAAGGACGACCACGUGGGAUGAGUCCGACAGGAGAAAGGGACGUCCGUCUUUGGACGCUGUGGCAGCCUGUCCCCCGGUGGUCGUGGGUGCGGCGGCGGCGAUCGUGCUGGGGAGGAUCGAGCGGGGGGGUAGGUUGUGGAGUGAGCGCGCAUGGAGGGCGGGGCUGGCGGCGCUGAAGGCCCAUCGCACGAGGGCGGGGCUACGGGGUGCGAGACACGCGACGGCCGUUUCGCAUUGCGACAUCGUGCUAAAGGGUCGGGGCUUGAGGGGCUUGGGUGCACGGGUUAGGAGGAAGAGAGAUCGGCGGAAGACCCCUUUCGCUGCCGCGGCUGCUGCAGCCGCUAGGGUCGCUGAAACCUAUGCUCGAGCGCAGCAGAUGCAAAGGGUUGUGACCAUGCUGAAAAGGAACUGGCAGGCGCGCAUGGCGCUGCGAUCGCGAGACGAUCUAGCCGACCUGCACUUCGCUGAGUGGCGAGUGCCCAACGCCGUGCAGGAGUGGCGACAGCGGGCUCGAGCUUCGAGCAACCUUGCCCUUCAUGCCCGCACCCGGUCCCCGCUUCCCUUCGCCUGCGGCGGUCGCCAUACCGAAUCCUCCCGUCUCAAAAGGUUGUGCCGAGAUUCACAGAAUAUCGCCACGAGCAAGUGGAGGUCGAGAGCACUCCCGGCGGCCCUGGCUCGGUGGGUCGGGCACUCCCUCGGUGACAAGGAGAAGCGGCGGCGGCUGCUCGCAUGGCGUGACGCCCUGUCGGCGCCACCUCCCCCGCCGCUUGCCACCUCUAGCGUGUCCGGGAAUCACGACGGCAGUCGAGCCGGCGGUGCUGGAAGGCAGCAGGGCGAAGCGUCCGUCCGGCGGGAGUUGCCAGAGACGGAGGAGGCCGAACCCGACGAUAAUGAUGAUAGCGAAGGGUCGGGGCUAGCGCCCACGGUGCUGCCCCGGGAACCGGCGGCGGGUCCGGGGCCAUUGUCAGCAGUGGUUCCCGUAGAUGCUGCUGCGGGGAAGACAGUGACUCAGCGAUCUUCGGGUGGAGGGGAAAGAACACCGCCGCUGGAGAAAGCCGGAGGGUGGGAAGAAGGAGCGGAAGGGUCCGUUGUUGGCUCUACCGAAGCGUCGAAGCCGGGGGGAGAGGAGCGGCAGGAUGUAAACGAACGCGUGGAAGGGACUGUGGGAACCCAGGGAGUAGACGAGAAGCCGCCAACGGCGCGGCCGCUCUUGGCAUGCCGCUCGGUCCCGGCAACUGGCGUCGUGCGUGUUGGCCCUAUCUGUCUCGAGGAAUGGUGGACAAUUGACGCCGCUGCUUCGAUGGACUGGGCCGUGCCGGCGCGAAAUCGAGGAGGAGUAGAAGCGUUCGGCGUCAGGCUUGACGGUGAAGGGAAGAAAAGGCGAAGCGGCAGUCCGGAGGAGAUCGCCGGCGGUUUCGGCGACACGGCAUCGGCGGGCGAAAGCAAUGGAGGCCGAGGUCGAUGCAGCACGGCUGGGGGUAGCUCAGGCCCGAGUGAUCGAGGAGGGGGCAAGAGGGGCGGCGGGACAAGGCGCGGCAACGAGACCGCGGCGCUGAUGGGCGCGGCCAGCUGCGACGGUGGUGUGGAAGUGCUCAAGCUGGAUGGUCGAGUAUCGCGUGCUACAUCACAGGCAAGCACAUCGGCGGGGGCCGUGGGGCAAGCGAUAUCUGCCGAGAGUAACGGCGGCUCGAACGGGCCGGAGAGCGGCAAAUCUUGCUCGUACUCUGAUGAUUGGGAGGGGGACGAGGAGGAAGGGAAGCUUGGGCACUCGAUUUCGGGAGAGCCUCGUGAAGCCUCGAGCACGCUGGCUACCGCCGAGCGCGCAGAGACUGCUGUCCCUAAACCUCCACCGGUGCCUGCCACGUCCGCAGGGGUUUCGGGUACCCCCGGCGGCAGAGACCGCACCGCAACUGCCUGCCCACAGGAAGCGGGGUCCGGAACGAUAGCGCCUGCAUCGGAGUUAACGAGCCCAGAGAAGAAACCGACCGCGUGCAGCUCAGACCUUAAGGAUGGCGACCUCCGCCAAGAGGAGGAUGACGUUGGUUCGGUGCCGUACGGUCCGGGAGCGAUGGUUCUUCUCGACCACAUCUCGCCGCGAGCGAUUGGUGGUAGUGCGCAGGUGGCGGUCGAGGACGGCAGAUCGCAGAGGAGUUGCGACGAGAGCUUGUCUGCGUCUGUUGGAGGAGUGUGUUUGUCGGGAGAACCGGCGGCGGCGACGGGCUCAGGGUCGUCUUUCGCAACACCGCUCGUCGCUGCGGGGCCUCCCGCUCGCGGGAGUACCGUGGCUAUUCGCGCGGAUGAGCUUUCGGACGACGAUGUUUCCGUUUCAGCCGGUGGUUCCGACAACCGACGGCCGGCGACAUCGGAGGACUCGACGGCAACCGGCAGCGGUGCUCGUACUGGUGAUGGUGGAGACGUGAACGUUUCGCCAGCCGUUUCUUGGGUCUCCGAGCUGGGGGCGGAAGAUCUCCGGUUCAACCAGCGGCGCGACCUCGGCCGUACACUCUCCGGUGGAUGGAUGCCCGCGGCAGGGCCCGGAGCGAGCAGCCUGCGAGGCGUGCGGAGGAGCGACGUCCGGGAUGCUGUUGGGGCGUCUUCUGCUCCUUGUCUCGGUGAUCUUUGUUCGCCGGAAAUUCCGGCGGCUUCCCUUGGCGUUCCUGCCGCGCGUCUUCGUCCGGCGGGAGGGGCGGGGUCAUCCCGGCCAAGGUUCGCGGAAGAGAUUGUAGCGGCACAGCAGCCGCCUCUGGGUGCGGUGCAAAGGGAGGAGGGUGUUGACGACGGAGCAGGGGGUCGGGUACCACCGUCGUCGCCGGAUAGCGUGCCUCGAGGCGCGGGGGGUUCGGCGAUUCGGCGCGACGUUUUAGGGGGUACGGUGACUGUGUGGCCUCCAUUGGGGAGCACGUGUGACGUGCUUCGCGACGAAGAGAGGCGGCUCUCGGUGUCACAACCACAACGCCAAGAAGGUGCCGGAGAAGGAGAAGGAGACGGAGACGAACAACAUCAGCAUCAUCAUCAACAAGAGCAACAGCAACAGCAACAGCGGAUGAUGUCGUACGGCGGCUCUGUGACCUCGGAACAUCCACCGAGGAGAGAGCGAUCAGAAAAUAGUCUUCGACCAGCAUCGGCGCCGCGGGAGCGGCAGUCCCCACCCGUCGAUCAUCGACAGACCGACGACUCGAACCUGCUUAGCUCGUUCGGCGAUAACGGUACAGGGUUAGUAGUCGUUGGGAACGGCUGCGGUAGGCAAGAGUCGACAAUCCCCGCCCCACUGCGGGUGUCGGCGCGGGGUACUGCCGAAGAACGGGGGUCGCGAUACGAGCGUCUAGUCGGUGAUCGUUCGGGCGUGCCAGGGGACGACGGAGGAGAAGCAGGAAGGGGCGAUGCCGGUAGCCACGAGGGGGUGGUGCUUGCCUUCCCGACUCCUGAGAGGGCGCCAUCCUCGGAACUGAGCUGUAUAUCGUGGUCCGAUCGCGUCGACGACGAGACCGCAGACGGCACGCCUCAAGAACCACCACGCAGUACGAACGAUCUUCGGUCAGGCGACGAAGCGGGCGCGGUUGGAACUAGACCUGAAGAAUAUGGCGAUGGCUUAAGCUUCUCCUAUGCCGGCAGCCGCCGGCGAUCCCGCGGCGGAAGCGGAGGUGGCGGGGAAAGUUCGGAGGGCACGGGCGCGGAGAGAGCGUCAGGUAUUGCUCGCAUCACCGGGCUGAAGACCAACACCCGACUUGAUGUGCCUGCUGUUGGCGAGAUGGGUCCGCCGGCUGACGCUUGUUCCGCUGCAGCCGGGGAAGCACGCAGCAAACUCCAGGCCUCGGAGGCGGGAGAGGGUGUUGGCGGGGGGGCUGGAAGCGGUGGAAGUGGGAGUGCCGUUGGUAGCAGCGGGACGAGGAGACGUUCACACGUCAUCAAUAGCAGCGGUAGCGUCGACAGCAGGAGCAGCAAGAGCAGCAGGAGCAGGAGGACAAUAUGCGGGGGAGAUGGCAAUGGCGGUGGAAGCGGCGGCAAUAGUAUCAACAGCAGGAGCGCGACAAAUAUAGGCCGCGGCAGUAGGGGUGAUAGUUGUGUCAUUGGCGGCGGCGGUAUCAACAGCAGGACGGGGACAAGCAGUGGGGAUGUCGGAGGCGGCGGCGGCGGCAGUGUCAGCAGCAAGAGGACGACAAGUAGCCGCGAGGACAGUGGCAGUCGCAGUGGCGGCGGUGGUGGUAGCAGCGUCAUGAGGGCGAUAAGCAGUGGGGGUGCCGGAGGCAGCGGCGAUAGUGUCAGCAGGAGCAGGAGCAAGGCAAGUAGCGGCGGCAUCAGGGGAGCUAGUAGUGUCAGUGGCGGCAGCGGCAUCAACAGCAGGACGGGGGCAAGCAGUGGGGGGUUCGGAGGCGGUGGCGAUAGCGUCAGCACCAAGAAGACGACAAAUACCGGCGGCUGCAGUGGCGGCGACAGUGUCAGUGGUGGCGGUGAUAGCAGCUCCAGGAGGGUGAUAAGCAGCAAGGGUGUCGGAGGCGGCGGCGAUAGUGCUAGCCCUAGGAGCACGACAAAUGCCGGCGGCCGCAGUGGCAGUGGUGGCGGUGGUACAUGUACCAGCGUCGGGAGGGCGAGAAGCAGUGGGGAUGGUGGAGGCGGCAGCGGCGAUGGCAGCGGCAGCAGGAGGACAACAAGUAGCUGCGGUGACAAAUGUAGUGGCAGUGGCGGUGGCGACGGUGGUAGCAGCAUCAGGAAGGCGAUGGCCAGUGGGGAUGGCGGAGGCGGCCGUGGCAAUAGCAGCAACAGCAGCAGCAGCAGCAGCAGCAGCAGCAGCAGGACGGCAAGCAGCGGCGAUGACAAAGAGAGUGGCAGCGGUAGUGGCGGCGGUGGCGGUAGCAGCGUCAUGAGGGCGAGAAGCAACGGGGACGGCAGGGGCGACAGCCGUAGUAUCAGCAGCACCAGCACCAGCACCAGCAGGAGGACGACGAGCAGUGGCGGCGGCAAUGUCAGUGGUGGCGGUGGUAGCAGCGUCGGGGGGGCGAAAAGCAGUAGCGGUGGUGGAGGCGGCGGCGGCAAUAGCGGCAGCAGCGUCAGGAGGACGAUAAGUAGCUCCGGUGACGAAGUCAGUGUCCGUGACGGUGGUGGUAGCAGCAUGAGGAGGGCGAUAAGCAACGGGGAUGGCAGAGGCGGCGGCGGUGGUAUCGGCAGCAAGAGGACGACAAGUAGCAGCGGUGACCAGGGUAGUGGCAGUCGCAGUGGCAGCGGUGGUGGUAGAAGCGUCAUGGGGGCGAUAAGCAGUGGGGAUGUCGGAGGCGGCGGCGAAAGUGGCAGCAGCAGGAGGACGUCAAGUAGUGGCGGCGGCAGUGGCGGUGGCAGCAGCAGCGAAAGGUGCCGGGGAAGCGUUGUGCAGACAUCUGUGUCAUCAUCGGCGUGUCCUGAUCUCCGGAGACCUGGACGGCGAGGAAGGCUAGAGGAACGUCUUUCGGAGGCGUUUUUGUGGCAUCACCUACUGCACACCGGCCUCCGGAUAUGGCGCACGCGAGCAGCCGCCACCAGCGCCUUCCGGCGGCGCUGCGCCCCCUCUCUCGCCUCCGCCGCGCUGGUCUUCUCCAAGCGUACGGCUCUCGCCGCGUGGCGCGCCGCGCACGCUCGCCUGCUGUCCCGGAACACGGCGGCGGCAGCGACGGCGGCACGGCUGGCAAGACAGUCGUCCUUGCUGCUCCGCAGGGAGUGUCGGCUGCGCCGCGUGACCUCCGGCGGCGGCGGCGGCGGCGGCGGCGGCGCAGGGCCAGGAAAGCCCUCCGUGGCCUUGGCGAUCGUAGCCGUCAGACGGUGGCACCGUCGGAGCGACGCCAGUCUCCUCCUGCGGCGCACGUUCUGGGCGUGGAGGGCGCGCGCCCGAGACUCCCGCGAGGUAGGCAGGCACCGCCGCCGCGCCCUGGAGAGGCGCGGGCUCGCCGCCUGGUGCCGGGCGGCCCGCGAGGCCGGCCGGGCGAGGGGGUGCGCCACGGCCGUCGCGUUCUUCAUGUCCCGGGCGGUGGCGGGGAGGCGGCUCCGGGCUUGGGUGGAGCGGCGACGGCGGCGGUUGGAGGCCACGCGCGCGGCGGAAGACCACCGGGCCCGGGCGGCUGUGAACCCGGGGGCGGCGCGGUGGCGGCGACAGCGGCGUCGGGACCAGCAGCUGCGGAUGGAGGCCGCCUGGAGCUCGUGGCGGGAAACGACGAGGGGGAGAAAGAUGUCGCGAUCGGCGCGACGGGCAGUCGUUGAGGCCGUCGAGAGCCGCCUGCGGAGUAGCGCGAUCGGAGCGUGGCGAGACUUCGUGGAUGGCAGGCUCGCGCGGCGAGGCCUGCUGGCCGAAGCGGCACAGAGCCGGGCUCGGCGACUGAAGAGGAAAGGGUUGCGGGGUGUGAAGGGCGGCGCUCUCGACGCGCGGGCUCCUCGAGAUGCGGUUUGGGUUGGGGACGAGCAUUGGAGACGACGAAGGGCGGCGAUUGUUGUGGCGCGACUGCGAAAUCUCGCCGAGUCACGACGGCGAAUGGUUCGGCGAGCCGCCGCUCUCUGCCUCCGCGUCGCAGCCCGAGCUGGCCUGACCCGCUGGCGCCAGUCCGCGCGAGACUGGAGGGUGGCUCGGGAGGCGUGCGUCAAGGGAGAGGCCUGGCGGCGGGACAAAGCGAGGAGAGACGGGGUGUCGGUGCUGUCCGGUAGACUGGGUCGACGCGCUAAACAUGAUCGAGCGAUUCGAGUCAGCACGCUGCACCUCUCGCGCCGCCUAGCCGGCCGCGCGGUGGCUGUGUGGCGAGGGUGGACCCGGCGUCGAGCCGCGGCCGCCGAUCUCUACGAAGGGGCUUCGGCGUUGCACCGUUCCUGGAUCUUGUCGGCAGGGUUGCGGGCCCUAGACCGGGUGGCGAGGGCGAGAACGUCGCGGCGCGAGGCCAUCGUCGUCGCCGAGCGACACCUCUUGCGGUUCUACGGGCUAGGGCGGUGGCGCGCUGCGGCCGCAUCGAGGAGGCGUGCGCGCAGCCGGGCGGAGAUAGCCACGGUCCACUGGGCACGGACACUAUCGUCGAAGGUGUUGAUAUCCUGGGAAGCGGCUUCCCUGCAGCAGUGGGCGGAGACGAGGCAGGAGGAGGCCGCCGCCCGCCACGAGCGUCUCGCCAGCAAGAGGCGGGCCCUCCGGGCUUGGAUGACACGCGUUCGGUCGCGGCGGCGGUGCUUGCUGUGCGUUGGGUCGAGGGGGGUCGGAGUAUCAUUAGCGGAGGAGAGAGCGGGGAGUGAGGGGGGACUCCUUUCGUCGAAUGGUAUUUACUCUCGUUGACACGAUUUAGCUACAGAUUUUGUUUGCUAGGGGAUCCAGGUUUCGACUCUAUUUCGUGCGGUCAUCCUUUCCAGUACCCGGCACAUUGGGUUGGGUUAGUCGGUAACGACCCCCCCGAGUUGAAGGGGGUUGGAGCUGGGGAGGCAUCCUGCACUUCGACCGUUACAACAAACGCGAACGAAAAAUAGUCCACUGUCUCUGUGGCAUGCGCAUGGUGUGUCUUU